AAUUAUUCAAAGCUCCUCGCAUAGAUAGGGGACUCGCUUACCAACAAUUUCUCCUGAAACGCCAUGCCGAGAGCUUAAGAAAGCGUCUGUGUGUCGUUUACCCGCCAUUGUUAAUGUUUAUACGGACUGUGUAAUCCAUUCAAUCAUGAAGCUAGUAAGAUUCUUGAUGAAGCUGAGUCACGAGACGGUGACAGUCGAGCUGAAGAAUGGUACACAAGUGCAUGGAACAAUCACAGGUGUUGAUGUUAGCAUGAACACACAUUUAAAGGCUGUCAAAAUGACAGUGAAGAACAAGGACCCAGUACAGAUCGACUCUCUCAGUAUCCAUGGCAACAACAUCCGUUACUUCAUCCUCCCUGACAGUUUGCCUCUUGACACACUCCUUAUAGAUGACACACCCAAGGCCAGAAUCAACAAGAAGAGAGGCAGCAAAGCUUCUAUGGGUCGAGGCGGCCGGGGUCGUGGGCGUGGACGAGGUGGACGUGGAAGAGGGAGAGGAGGGCCACCCCGAGGGAGACGUUGAGUGUGAUGUGUAUAUCUGCCGGUGUAGAUGUGGUUGUCAUGCCACAUGUGUUGUAUAUAGACUUGGAGGAGAAAGUGAGCGAGAGGAUGAGUCUCUGGACCUUGUCACAUGGAUCAGUGAAGGACAUCAUAAAUCAAUCAUGAGCAUUGACUUUGAUCAUUUCUUUUAUUUUCAUCACUGACAUUUUAUGUACAAGAAAAAAAAUAAAGUCUUUUAUGUAUGA